GUUUUCACACGCCGGCUUCCACUUCGCUUGUUCGCAGUCUGCCAAAGCGAAGCACCCAAUCGCAAGCAAAAUCCUCUCUUUCCGCUGCUCAGCUCCUCCGAUCCGUUUGACCUCACCAAAUUCCUCAGAUCUCUCCGGGAAAUCUCGGUUUCUACUCUUCGGCGAACCCUAGGGGAGAUUGCAGCUGUGUUCGAUUCUUUCCUGUCCAUUUUCUGUCGGUGCAGGGAUUCAACGAUCGUGGCGAAGGAUUUCAUGGCGUCUGGGCCGCUGGUCGGCGCCGGAGGCGAAGGUUCCCGCGGAAAUCACCGGUGGGCGGAGAGCGGCAAGGUCUACUCGCGCAAGCCUUUUAGCAAGAUCCCUAGAUCGUCGCCUAAUUCUCAGCCGAUUGCGCAGACCUCGGCUGCAGAAGAAGUCGAGGAACUCGGCUCCGUUUGCCGCCAGAACCCCCACCUUCCGCUGGGAGCCGACGAUGGCUCGUCCAGGUUGAAGCGGCUCCCAGCCGAGCCCUCUUUCGGCGCCGCCGCUAAUGGCCGUGGCCGCAUCGCCACCGUCAGUCAUGCUCCUAGUUCGCGUCAGGAAGCGCUGGACCUGCGCAGGAAGCUGGCUUCCGAGCUCGAGCAGAUACGUGUCCUCUCCAGGCGGCUGGAGGCCCAUGAGCUCCAGGUCGCCUCCGUUGCUGGAUACGCACAUUCACAGCUCUCGGCUACCGAUCCAAACACACCGGUCUCCACGAAGAGAGCACCAGAGGCAGCCACGCCUACGACUGCACCUUCUGGUCAAUUCCGCCCUUUCCUCAGCGUCUCCGUUGAUGCCACGAAUGAUACCCUGGGCGAGGGAGCUGAGAAGGAGAAGCGAACGCUUAAGGCCAACCAGUACUACAAGAAUUCUGAAUUUCUUCUGGGCAAGGAUAAGUUGUCACAGCCUGAUCUUCAUAGCCAAAAGAAAUCCAAGACAAACACUGGUAAGAAGCAAUCUUUAGGGUUAUCUGAAUACAACAGCUCCCAUUUGGAAGAGAAGAAGAUAUAUGCACAGGCCUUCAAAAGCUGUGGCGUGCUUCUCUCCAAGUUGAUCAAGCACAAGUUUGGCUGGGUGUUCAACAAGCCAGUUGAUGCCAAAGCACUUGGCCUUCAUGAUUACUAUACCAUUAUCAAGCAUCCAAUGGACCUUGGCACAGUUAAGUCUCGGCUUGCUAAGAACUGGUACAGCUCCCCACGAGAUUUUGCUGAGGAUGUUAGGCUUACCUUUCGCAAUGCCAUGACUUACAAUCCCAAGGGACAGGACGUCCACGUCAUGGCCGAUCAACUUCUGCAAUUGUUUGAGGAGCAAUGGCCUGCUAUUGAGGGUGAGUUUUCCUUUCUUGCCUACCCGCCAACCUCAAAGAAGCCUCGACCUGUUGACAUGAGAAUGCUGGAGAGAUCAGACUCCACUGUGCAUCCUGUGGCAGUUGAACAAAAGACAAAACCAGUGAGCCAACCAAUGCACAUAGGUCGAGGACCAGCUCCAAAGAAACCCAAGGCCAAGGAUCUCAAUAAGAGGGACAUGACUUUUGAGGAGAAGCAGAGGCUCAGUAAUAACUUGCAAAAUCUACCUCCAGAGAAGUUGGAGAACAUUGUGCAGAUUAUUAAGAAGAGAAAUUCUUCUCUUAGCCAGCAUGAUGAUGAGAUUGAAGUUGACAUAGAUAGCGUCGAUGUGGAGACCCUUUGGGAGCUGGAUAGAUUUAUCACAAAUUACAAGAAGAGUUUGAGCAAGAACAAGAGGAAGGCUGAGCUUGCAACUCUCUUUAAGCCUGAGGCUGAAGUUGAUGCACAUGAAACAUCACAUGAAAAGACUCAUGAUCCAAUUGUCACUGAAUUGCCUGAGAAUAGCAAGAAAGUGGUGGAUGAGAAGUAUGUAGCUUCUUCAUCGCCAGUUGGAGGGGAAAAGAAGGGAGAUAAUGGAAGUAGAUCUAGUUCAAGCAGCUCUAGUAGUGAUUCAGGAUCUUCAUCUACUGAUUCCGAUAGUGAAAGUUCCUCUGCAUAUGGUUCAGAUGCUGCACAUUCACCUAGAACAUGAACAUUUUGGAAAGAAGCCAAUUACCCAUUGCAUAAGAUGGCGGCUGGACUAAAGGCCUAGGAUAAUGAUAUAGAACACACCGGUGAUGGUAAAACUUGGGGCAUCGACUUUGUGACCGAAUGUUAUGUGAUGUAUGAAAGAUCUGAUAUUAUCUAGUUAGUGUUUAAGUAAUCGUGGUUAGAUACCACUGAAAGUGGUAGAAAGCCUUCUGGUCUAAUUUCCAGUUCCUCAUUCAUGCAAAUAUCUAUUGUAGGUAGUAAUUUAUCGAUAAAAAAAUAAUUUAGUUUAGGUAUGUUCCCGCAGAUGAGCGAUGUAUAUGUUGUUGAUUAGCAGUUGAGCAAUCCAGCCUCACCAGUAUUAAUCACCCUGUAAAAAUCUGACACCCUGCAGAUUGUUCCACUGUUAACGUAUUUCUCAACAUAUCAUUUUGAUUGUUGAUUCUGUGGAUUUUGAAUUAUAGAUGCUAAUUGGAUGGGUGUUUGCCAAA